AUGGCGAAACCUGGAGAUGACUGGCGGACGUUCUUUCGAUGGGAGAAACGCCAAAUUCUUGAGGGUCGCGGAGCUCGAGACGGACCGAGCUUGACGCAAGGCUUACGCGCUCAAUGGAGUCUCCUCAAAAAGAAGAAAUCUGAGAAAGACGAGUACGUCAAAAACAUCAGAUCGGUCGUGGAUUCCGAGAAUCGAGUGCGAACGCUGGAUCGCAAUCUUGAGAGGUCUACACAGAGACGAGUGGGCAGAAAAUCAUUGCACAAAUCUCGCAUGACGAAACUGUAUCUUCUAGAAGGCCUCCGCGCUCGCCUGGUGAGCUUUCAGAAAAGACAGAGAACACUUGAUGGGAGCGGCAAGAUCAUUACGAGCGCCGCUAGUCGAAGGAAUGUUGCUCGGAUGGUUGAAGGAGUCGAUGCUGAGAUGCGAAACACGAAACUGGAAUCAACCCUCGCAACCGCGGCCGAGUACUUCGACGACUACGAAGAGGCUCCCAAAGCAUUGCAGAACUAUAUCAUCCGUUCUUGCGAGGAGAUGACGUGGAAAGCCAAGAGCGAUCCUUUUUGCACGGAGAAAGAAAUGGCAGCCCGGUUGCAAGCUGAAGUCCGUGAAGCCCAAUUCUACCAAGAUGUGGAACGUGUCGGUUGGGCCAAGAAACAGCUAGCAUCAUAUUCCGUGCGACGAUCUCGCGAGGAAGGAGAUGUCGAGUGCUGGGGCCAUCCGUUCGAUGCAGAUAGAGGAGAGGACAUGGACGGGACAAGAGACCAGCUUGUCAGGGACUGGGAGAAGUUUGUCGCUAGGUACUGGAUUGCGUUUGAUUCCCGAGCAGCAACCUUACCACCACUCUGGGCAAUCUCUUCCGCCAAGGCUCGCGCAGAGAUGAUAUUCGAUCAUGACGGUACCUUCAUCUUUCCGCCGGGCUUCGAUACAACUGCUGUGUCUGAGGCGGUUCUUACUGCUGUUGUCCUUGAUAAGCUUGAUGGCCUGACUACCGCGGAAAACAACUUUUACAUCACCAAUACGGUCCACCACGAAGCCCUCGACAUCAGCGUGGAUCGCUACUUACGGAGGGGUGGAUAUCAGACCGAACUUUUCGAAGACAUUUCGCCCUGCAGGCCGCCUGCCAUAUCCAGACUGCCAGUGAUACUUCGACAAGGCGAAACUUUUGAGAUGUUUUCUGCUGGGCGGAGAGCACUACGACAUAUUUGGGAGAGUCGGAUCAGAGUCAUGAUGUUUCAACAGAGAUCAGCUGGAAGCGUCACCAAUGAGAUGUGGCACUACGAGCGAGCCCUCGCGCUCUUCGACUCAAAUCAAGGAAACCAAGAGAGACCGUGGAUCGCUGACAGAGGCCACGAACUAUUGAAGGAGAGAAAGCCUGCACUACCAGGCACGAUUGAAAGUACCAAUCUUCGCGGCAACUGGAUCAUGAAGGGAGCAGUAGGAGACGGGACUUCUGGGGUUGUGUUUCUGUGGGUCCGAUACAACCCCGACGGCACGAUACGUGGUCGCAUGGCCACCAAAGAUUCUCAGUUUACAGCUGCACAGUGGAACAAGCCAAAAUACUGGCUACCAGACGAACACGGCAGGCCCGGCCGGGUUGCCAAGGAGGCAUUCAUUCAAAGCCUCUUCUCCGACCUUCCUCGACACGAAUCCAAGAUCGUUGAACUUUGGGAUGCGAGGGUGUAUCGUACACAGCGGGUGAUCCGGCUCUACAUGGAGUAUUGCUCUUUUGGGACACUCCACGGGCUGUUGGAGACAUACUCCACCGAUGUCACAAUGAGGGAUUACAAUGCUAGAGGGUAUAGUUUCCAAGAGGCACAUUCAGCCACCGCAGCUAAUCAAUUGAACAGCGUCUUGCCCGAAUAUGUCGUCUGGGCGCUGUUCGAAAGCGUUGUCAUCGCGGCAUACGCUAUGGAGAAAGGCCACUUGCCUGGCUCACAAGACCCGGAUACCGAAUGGGUGGUUGUUCACCAAGAUUUGAGACCUCCAAAUGUCUUCUUGACGGACAACGUGAGCGAAACAUGGCCGAGUUGUCCAACCUUCAAGGUUAGUGGACAAGAACUUCCCUAUGCCCCUUUCUACGAGCACUAA